AUUAACUUGCUUUUUUUGUGCAUGUGUCACGUUUCAAUUUGUAUUUAAUGUGAGAAAUAUGUCUAGCGAGGAUGAAUACUUCACAAGCGAGGAGGAGAGCGUGAUCAGUGCCUCCACAGGACGCUCAGGCCGAUCAAGCCGCUCAUCCCGUCGUAGCGUCAAUGACAAUGGCGCUAGCAACGUGACUGUUGGGGACACUGAGUCCGAGGAGGAAAGCUUGCGUCCGGCGCGGCGUCAGAAUCAGAAAUCACGACGCCCUGCUAUUGCCUCCGACUCGGAAGAGGACGAAUUGGAUGCACGUGCGUUGUCCCCAACCACACGAAUGAGCAUUACAGGUGUACGACCGCAGGACUUGAGCGACGAUUCCAGCGAGAUCGACUAUAGCGAUGAAGAGCGUCCAGCACGAAACUCGAAUGCUGUUAGACGUCCCACAUUGGCGGUUAUGCAGGAGGAGGAUGACGAACAGUACAAAACCGAUGAGGCCGAAGAGACUUUUAAUGAAGCUGCAGAAGCUGCUGCGGCACGCUAUCGGGCAGCCACCAGUGAUGAGGCCCUAUCCCCCCGCUAUAGUACUGUGUUUGCCAACAACAUUGAAGAAUCUUUGCAUUCCACAUUGUUCCCAAUAACUCAAGCUCCACAUUCGCUAGACGAAUCUAAUGGUAGUGAUGUGCUCAUUUUGAGCAACAAGGAAACACCCAUUGAAAUUUCGAGUACUGAUUCAGAUAGGAGCUAUAAUAAGGAGAACAUUUCAGCGCCUCCAUUUGCACGUAAAUCCACGCGCUCGCCACGUAACAGUGCCGGACAAGUUCCGGCGGUAAAGAGUACCAAGAAUUUAUUGCAACCAACCAUUCAACCAUACAUUCAAAAUCCCAAGCCUCGCACAUCGUCUGAGCCACAACGCCGCUCUAGAAUUAAAAAAGAAGAUGAACCGCAGUUCGUGGACAAAGACGUCUACGAACAGGAAUUGCGUACCAUAGCUAAGAUGCGCGUUGAGCAGGCCGAGGCCGAACGUCUGUAUAAUAUGGUGGCCCACAAGUUGUCGGACAAGGGUAGCCAAAUAAAAAAGCGCAUUGACGGCUUGCGACGUGACAUUUACGCAAAAGAAGCUUAUAUGAGUGGACUGAAGGUGAAGGAAGAACCGAAUUCUUCGAAACCUAGAAGAAUGCGUUCAUCAGGAUCGAGUCCACAGCCUCGGCAGCCGCCAGCAGCAGCACCACCACGUAAGCCCGAAACUGGAGCUCCCAGUUGGGAUGAUAUUUCGGCAGCGGUGCAUCAAAUUCAACCAACUCAUACGGGCGCCAAAGGCAUGGCCACUUUUAAUACACAAAAAGCUUUGACUUUAGAUCGUCUGAAGGAUUUGCAUGGCUCUUUGAAGGGCUGUCCAUCAGAAAAAGUGCUGGCUGACGAUCCGAAGGGCUUAAAGGUGACUUUAAUGGACCAUCAGAAACAUGCGCUCGCCUGGAUGGAGUGGCGUGAGCAGCAGAACCCGCGUGGUGGCAUAUUGGCUGAUGAUAUGGGUUUGGGUAAAACACUGACUAUGAUAUCCUCAGUAUUGGCUUGCAAAAACCGUCGGGAGGCUGGUGCUGGCGCCAAUUCUUCCAACAGUGACUCUGAAGGCGAGCGUCGUGAUAAACGUAAAAGUGGUGGCAGCUGGAUUUCCAAGGGAAGCCGCAAAGAAAGUUAUAAAGGCGGAACUUUAGUUGUCUGCCCAGCCAGUUUGCUGCUGCAAUGGGAGGGUGAGGUUGGAUCGAAGGUGUCGCGCAACAAACUGACUGUGUGCGUUCAUCAUGGCAACAAUCGUGAGACAAAGGCCAAGCAUUUGCGAACCUACGACAUUGUUGUCACCACCUACAAUAUUGUGGCACGCGAGCACAAGGCUGUCCAUGGGGCUCUGUUUGGGCUAAAAUGGCAUCGCAUAAUAUUGGAUGAGGCGCAUGUGGUGCGAAAUCAUAAGGCGCAGUCGUCGGUAGCUGUUUCCGAGUUACUUGGUAAAUAUCGUUGGGCAUUGACGGGCACACCCAUACAAAAUAAGGAACUGGACGUUUAUGCGCUUCUGAAAUUUCUGCGCUGUUCGCCAUUCGAUGAUUUGGUAACUUGGAAAAAGUGGAUCGAUAACAAGAGCGCUGGUGGACAACAGCGUCUAAAUACAUUAAUGAAAACCAUUAUGUUGCGCCGCACCAAAGCUCAGCUGCAACUCGAAGGCAAGCUGGAUAAUCUGCCGAAUAAGGAGAUGCGUCUUAUUGAAGUUACACUCGAUACAGAUGAAAUGAAUGUCUACCAAAAGAUUAUGACUUAUUCGCGCACCCUGUUUGCUCAAUUCUUGUUUCAGCGUGCUGAAAAGGAUUCCGAUUUGAAUUUCAUUAACGAUGCCAACAAACCGACCUACAGUCAAAUCAAAGAUCCCAAUGGGGCCUACUAUAAAAUGCAUGAGAAGUUCUCGCGGAUGUAUCAUGGCGAUAAGGAAGUCAAGUCUCAUGAUAUUUUAGUCCUGCUUCUGCGCUUGCGGCAAAUCUGUUGCCAUCCGGGUUUGAUCGAUGCGAUGCUGGAGGGCUCUGAAAGCUUGGGUGGCGAUGAAAGCGACGCUGAGUCUCCAGAAAUUGACUUGCUAGAUCAACUGAACAAGCUAGCCAUUAACGAUUCCUCACAAUCGUCGCGUCGCUCACGCGGUAGUAGUGGCGGCGAUGAGGCACGCAUUGCCAAGGCAUCGAAGAAUGUGUUGAAGCGUACCAAUCCUGUCUUCGAUCUGAAGCGGCCAUCAACAAAAAUGCUCAAGGUUAUGGACAUUUUAAAGAGCAAUGUUUUGAAGUCCAAAGAUAAAGCGAUUAUAGUUUCGCAAUGGACAUCUGUUUUGGACCUUUUGCGCGAUCACUUGGAGGCUGCCAAAAUAAGCACUUUGUCGCUGAACGGCAGCAUUCCCGUAAAACAUCGUCAGGACAUUGUCAACCAGUUCAACGAUCCCAAAAGCUCGAAGAGAAUUCUAUUAUUAUCAUUAACUGCUGGCGGUGUUGGGUUAAAUCUGGUGGGUGCCAAUCAUCUUCUGUUAAUUGAUUUACACUGGAAUCCACAGUUGGAGGCACAGGCCCAGGAUCGAAUUUAUCGUGUCGGCCAGAAAAAGAAUGUCAUCAUUUAUAAGUUUAUGUGCCUGGACACUGUUGAACAGCGCAUCAAGGCGCUGCAGGAUAAAAAGCUUGAAUUGGCCGAAGGCGUGCUCACGGGCGCCAAGGUGAGCUCCAAGCUCACCAUUGACGAUCUCAAGGGUUUGUUUGGCAUGUAACGGAUUGAGCUCGAAUUCUAGUUUUAUUUGUCGUUUUUUAAUUCAGUUUCAUGUUGUCCCUCUUUUUCUUUUCUAAAUUUCUUUAGUUAUUGCUUAAGUGCUGUUAUUUGUGCCACAAUACUUGUAUUAAAUUUAAAGUUAGGCAA